GACAGAACACACAACCAUAGUUGAUUGACAGCCUGCCUAACUGUCUGCUGUUGAUUGCUGUUGAUGCAUUUAUCAACAUAUCGACUAUUUAUAAAAAAAAUAUUCUAAAAAGAAAAUUCCCUUAUCUUAUAUUACACACCCAAAUAUUAUUGACAACACUACUUAUUGCUUAAUUCAUUAUACCUAUAUAAGUAAUGUAUAAGUUUAGCUAUUUCAUCGAUAGUAAUCAGAAAUAUAAAUUCAUACAACUUUUGAAACAGAAAUGGGAUGAGCUCCAUAGUGAAACAGGUUUAUUCAGGUAUAAAAUACUAAAUUUACAGAAAAAGUCAAUAGACGAUAAAUAUGUAAUUCAGUUAAAUCCAGACCGUGGCACUAAGAGGAGAAUGCCAGAACAUAUUGAAAAUAUAUGUCAACCAUUUAACAAUAAUGAAUUCAAUUUUACAAAAAUAUCACCAAAGGAAAUACUUUUUUAUUUAACAGAUGAUAAUGAAUCAUCCCAGCAUGCACUAUUGGUAAAUGUAAGUCCACUGUCUCAUUACCACACUUUGGUAUGUCCUUCAAUCAAUAACUGUUUGCCACAAAUAGUUACCUUAGAAAGUUUGCAGUUGGCUGUUAAAAUAUUCUAUCUGGCUGGAGAUCGUGACUUGCGAUUUGCAUUCAAUAGUUUGUGUGGACUGGCCUCAGUCAAUCAUCUUCACUAUCACUUGUUUCUGGAGAAAAGUAACCUUCCAGUGGAAUCUAUAAAAUGUACUCACUUAAUUAAUGACAUCUAUUACUUUGAUGACUACCCAAUUCCUGGCUUUUGUUUUGAAAUACAAGAUCAAAAUUCUGCUAUGAAAGUAACUAGUGAAAUAUACAAACUUCUGGAAUAUUUUUUAGAAAAAUCUAUUGCACAUAAUAUAUUCAUAACUAGAGGGCAGACUGUUAAACAAAGAUCUAGUGAUAUUGAUAGAGAUGUAUUGCGGAUCUUGAUAUGGCCUAGAAAGAGCAGUGUCAUUGCAAAGCAGACAAAUGCCUUCAACAUUGCUGCUUGUGAAAUAAGUGGAUGGUUUACAGUAUACAAUUCAGCAGAUUAUGAUAGCCUUCAGAAAGAACAUCUUGAACUUGAACUGGAAAAGUGGAAAAUUGGAGAUUUUAAUGAAUUAUGUAAUGAAAUAAAACACAUUUUCUAG